AUGUCAAAUGGUGCUGCUGAUGCGGGGAGUGGCAUUAACGCUCUUUUUGAUAAAACACACGAUAUCACUCAGUUAACGUUCAAUGUUGUUCAUAUAGCUGAAAAAUAUGUCGAAUAUCUUCCCUAUCCCCCUCUGAAAGACGUUGGAGAUAAAUUUGCUGUUGCACAUGUCUACGAUCGAGACAAUCGUUCAUUCUUACCAAACAUCAAUGUUCGUGUCAAAUCAGUCAACGCUGAGCAUCAUUCACCUGUUAAACAAUUUCUAAAUCCCUGGCUAACGCGAGGAGAAGAUACCGAAGGACCAUGUUUUCCUGCUCGAAGUGAUCGUGCUGCAGGGAUUAAUGAACAAUCAAUACGAUCUCGUUGCACUCUCCUACAAGAAUAUUUGAAUAAAAUAUUGAUACAUAGUCAAUUUCGUAAUCAUCCAGCAGUUGUAAUUAUUGAUUCUGAAUUUUUUGAAAUUAGUCCAUUAUCAUUUGUUUAUGGUCUUAGUCCAAGUUUAAAAGAGCAUUUUAUGAAAAAAAGAUCACAUGAGAAUUAUCGAGGACGCAGUUUUAUUUAUCGAAUACCAUUCUGUUGUGAUAAGUGUAACUUUUAUCGUGGAAAAAGGUGGUUUGUUAUUAAAGAUACAUAUUUUACGUAUAUUGAUCCAUCAACGUAUGAAGUUCGUUUUCCAAUGUUAGUUGAUCGCGAAUUUUUAAUUGAAUCGGGUUUUACACAUACGGGAGCAAAACAUGGUAUUAAAAUAACAAAUUUACAAGGAUCAGUCGUUGUUAAGUGUAAUAAGAAAAGUAGAAAAGAAGACUGGCAUGAACAAUUCGAGAAACUACGAGAAAGAUGUAGCAGAAACGGUCUUACCGGAGGUACAGCAAAUCGAUUCAACUCUUUUGUACCAAUGAGAAGUGAUCAGUUGAGUUACUGGUUUGUCAAUGCCAAAGGUUAUAUGGAAUCUAUUGCAAAAGCAAUUGCGAACGCUAAAGAAGAAAUAUUUAUUACAGACUGGUGGUUAUCGCCGGAAUUGAUGCUUAUACGACCAUCUAAUAAUCCUUUACAUCGACUAGAUAUUCUGUUAGGGAAAAAAGCGGAUGACGGUAUCCGAAUCUAUGUUAUGAUUUAUCGUGAAUCAAUGUUCAUAAAUUUAAAUAGUGCACAUACUGCACGAGUUUUAAAAGCCAGAAAUAAAAAUAAUAUCAAAAUCAUUCGUCAUCCCCGACAAAAUGUUUUACGUGGCAGGGAACUAAUGUGGUCUCAUCAUGAAAAAUGUGUGAUUAUCGAUCAAAAAAUUGCGUUUAUUGGAGGAAUUGAUCUUUGCUUUGGAAGGUGGGACGACGAUAUUAUGAGACUCGUGGAUUUGGGUCCUGCCAAUAUCAGAACAUUAAAAUCUAGUGAACAACUUGCAGUUGAAUUAGAAAGGGAUAAGAUGCAAACGGUGGAAGCAGGGAAAAAAAUUGUCACUGAGAUGGCAGAAGAUGCGGGAGUCAAAAGAGUAAGUUCUGUUGGCUUGAGAGCUAAUACAGGUGCUAGACACAAAUUCGAAUUUGAACAUCCUGGAGAUAGAAAAGAAGCAAAAUCGAGUACACGUGGUAUGUUAUAUUUUUUGUAA